AGUUAGACCACACUCUCCUCUCUCAGCGCUUACUCCCCGUGGAUAAGUGAUGAACUGUCGGGCCGUUUCAGGGCCAUGAAGUCUCUGAGACGUCGAGCAUGGCUGUGAACGUACAGCCUACGCUUUCAGUCUCUCCACCACUGACCUGCUGUUCCUCUACUUCUUCCUUAUACUUCAAGGAGCAUGUACCCACCAUAUCCUGCUCUUCAAGAAGUCUCUUGCGCAGCAAACCAGCAAUCUAUGGCUUCGGUUACAUGACGCUAGAUCCCCUCAGAGCCCAACUGGCGCUGUUUCGACGCCGAGGGAUAUUUAUAUCUUCCGUUUCUUCGAUUUGGGAUGCGUUAACCGGCGGCGAUAGGCCUGAUCGAGAGGCGUUGUUUGCUGUUAGAAAAGGCAUGUUGCUCUUUCGGCAGGGUGAUGUUGAAGGAUCGAUGGCUGAAUUUGACCGAGCAAUCGAGCUGGACCCUCGGCAGAAAGCUUAUCUUUGGCAGAGGGGAUUGUCAUUGUAUUAUCUUGAUAGGUUUAAAGAAGGGGCAGAGCAGUUUCGGCUAGACGUUGCAGAGAACCCAAAUGACACAGAAGAGUCCAUUUGGUGUUUUUUGUGUGAAGCUCAGGUAUAUGGAGUAGAAGAAGCACGAAGGCGCUUCCUGGAGGUUGGACGAGAUCCACGUCCCGUCAUGCGCGAGGCAUAUGCUCUUUUUAAGAAUGGAGGGGACCCAAACAAGCUUGUUUUAGAUUUCUCUAGUGGGAAAGAGAAUGAAUGUUUUUAUGCGACCCUUUAUGCUGGACUCUAUCAUGAAUCUCAGGGGGAUUCAGAUGCUGCUAAAAAAUGUAUUGUUGAUUCAUGCGAAUCUCCAUACGGGUUGAGGUCUGAUGAUUAUAUGGCUGCUCUUGCAAAGGUUCAUUGCCUUUGCCGUAAUUGGAUAUCUCAGUAGCCAUGAUUUUCUGCAGAUUGCCAUUUACGUGGUACAGAAUCUGCAGGAUCUGCACGUCGGUGCAUCCAAUCUAUGUAAUUCAUCUUUUCUACAUAAUAAAAGAAGCUGAGUGCCCCUCCUACUUGCUAAAUUGUAGCCGUUUCGUAACGAAUAAAAACGAAUUUUCUCUAUUUCAAUUAAGCUAUUAGAACUAUUACGAAUCA